GGCGCGCGGCGGCGCGGGCGCGCAGGCGCGGCGGGCGCGCGGGUGGCCCCGGGCGCGGAGCAAGAUGUCUGUGUUCUGCACUGUGAAAGCUGAGUCCAGAGACAAUUUAAAGGAAAAUAAUUGCAGAAAACAAAUAAAGAAAAGGAGCCCGAAAGAAUACUUAGAGAUUUUGAAACAAAAAGUGUGAAACAAAUCCUUCUCUUGCUCAGGCUACCAAACAUGAUCUAAAACUGUUAAUUAGACUUGUAAUACUUUGACAAAUUAUUCCAGCUGACCUAACCUUGAGACAUGAAGUACAUGAUGUCAGCAAAACUGUGUUUGCAACUGUUACCUGUUUCAAACUGUCUAAGAAUUAACUUUGGGGGUUGGCUAGUUUGAAAAUUUAGUGCCACAUCAGAAUGACUUGCAACUACAGCAGAUUUCAGAGACCUCUGAAACAAAAUCCAAGAUGCUAACAGAUAAGAAAGAGAGCUUGUGCGCGUGUUGCAGAACAGCUGAGAGCUCAGAGUCUCCAAGAAGAGCAGAAAGCCCAAGACACUGAAAAGGGGGAGAGCCACAACACUGCACUUCAGCCAGGAGGUUUGGAGCCAAAGAGGGUUUCUGAAAUCAGUGGAGACUGCCUGAGAACAGACCGUGUGAGCCCUUGAUCUGAUACUUCCUCCCGAGGAGAGACAGGCAUCAUGAAACAGAGAUUCAUUUCUUCAGCUCAAAUAAUUUUGCAGCUGGCUCUGACUACAGUAGGUCUGGCUGGUCAAACAUACCCUGGAAAACCUAAGAUCAUAAGAUGUCGUUCUCUAGAAAAGGAAACUUUUUCAUGUUGGUGGAAGCCUGGCUCAGAUGGAGGACUUCCUAACAAUUACACCCUGUUCUACAGCAAGGACAGUGAAGAAAAAAUCUAUGAAUGUCCAGACUACCUAACAUCAGGUCCAAAUUCCUGCUACUUCGAUAAAAACCACACUAAUCCCUGGACAACAUAUAUUAUCACUGUAAUGGCAACAAAUGAGAUUGGAAGUAACAGCUCAGAUCCUCAGCAUGUGGAUAUAACUUCCAUAGUUCAGCCAGAUGCUCCUGUGAACCUCUCUCUAGAAACGAACACAUCUGCUAACAUGUCAUACCUUUGGGCAAAAUGGUCUCCACCCCCCUUAGCUGAUGCCAGGUCUAAUUUACUUGUAUAUCACUAUGAGCUACGACUAAAGUCUGAGGAAAAGGAAGAAUGGGAGACAGUGUCUGUAGGAACGCAGACGCACUACGAGGUGACCAGCCUGCAAGCUGGGGUGAAGUAUGUUGUUCAGGUUCGCUGCAUGUUAGACCUCGGAGAGUGGAGCGAGUGGAGCUCAGAAAGAAGCAUUCAGAUCCCUAAAGAACGGUUACCUCCUGAAAAGCCUACAAUAAUAAAGUGCCGUUCUCCUGAAAAAGAAACAUUUACUUGUUGGUGGAAGCCUGCCUCGGAUGGAGGACUCUUGACCAACCACACUUUGCUUUACAGCAAAGAGGGAGAAGAAAAAGUUUAUGAAUGUCCAGAUUACAAAACUGCAGGCCCCAAUUCAUGCUACUUCGAUAAAAAGCACACCUCUUUCUGGACCAUAUACAAUAUAACUGUGAGGGCAACUAAUGAAAUGGGAAGUAAUGUCUCUGAUCCUCAUUAUGUGGAUGUGACUUACAUAGUACAGCCAGAUCCUCCUGUGAAUAUUACUCUGGAAUUAAAAAAGUCAAUAAAGAGAAAACCGUAUCUGGUCCUGACAUGGUCUCCACCCCCACUAGCUGAUGUCAGAUCUGGUUGGCUUACCCUUGAAUAUGAAUUGCGACUAAAGCCUGAAGAAGGAGAGGAAUGGGAGACUAUUUUUGUUGGACAGCAAACACAAUGUAAGAUGUUUAGUUUAAAUCCUGGAAAGAGGUACAUUGUACAGAUUCACUGCAAACCAGACCACCAUGGAUUAUGGAGUGAGUGGAGCCCAGAAAUGUAUAUUGAGAUCCCUACUGACUUUAGAGUAAAAGAUAUGGUUGUGUGGAUCAUCGUUGGUGUCCUGUCAUCUCUUAUAUGUUUAAUCAUGAGCUGGAUAAUGAUUAUGAAAGGGUACAGAAUGAUGGCCUUUAUCCUGCCACCAGUUCCAGGACCAAAGAUAAAAGGCAUAGAUACACAUCUGCUGGAGACAGGAAAAUCUGAAGAAUUACUGAGUGCUCUUGGUUGCCAUGGUUUCCCUCCAACAUCAGACUGUGAGGAACUACUGAUAGAAUAUCUGGAGGUAGAGGACAGUGAGGAUCAGCAACUCAUGCCAAGUCAUGACACUCCCAGUAAAAACACAAAAAUUAUACUCAAGGAAACAGACAGUGACUCAGGCCGAGGGAGCUGUGAUAGCCCUUCUCUCCUCCCUGUGAAGUGCAGGGAAUCCCGUGGCCUUCCAUCUACUCUUCAAACACAAGAUGUAAGAGCUAAAGAAAAGAAAGGAGGAAAAAGGAGCUGGGAAACUCAGUGUUUGGCCUCAGAACAGAAAAUGCUCCCUUGUAACAGUGAGAGUAUAAAGUCGUGCACAUGGCUGGCAGCUCAGUUACCCGGUAAUCAGGCUGCUAUGUUUGCCUACCACAGCACUGUGGAGGCAUUCAGGAUAACACUGAACACCACAAAUGUGAACACUUCACCAGUUCUGGUGAGAAAUGAAGAAAAUCAUCAGUCGCUAUAUCCUAUUGCUGAAACUGUGUAUGAUGAUGUGGAAAAGAUAAGCGAGAUGGAGUAUUCUAAAACUGACCAAACCACAGUGCAGGUCAGACAAAACCAACAAAAUGACAAGUCACCUUUCCUGAAUCCUAAACUAAUGGACUAUGUAGAGGUUCAUAAAGUCAGACAAGAUGAGGAACCAACACUAUUACUGAAACAUAAAGAAAAUAGUGGAAAGACCAAAAAAAGCACUGUUCCAGGAACCAGCAAAGAAUAUACCAAGGUCUCAACAGUUGUGGACCAUCACAUUUUAGUAUUAUUGCCAGAUCAGCGCACCCAGAACACACCUGUAUCUCAAGAACCUGUAGCAGAAACAUCUCAGAACCCUCAGGAUAGUCAAGCUGAGAAGAACACGGGCUACAGCACGACAGCUCCAAGCGACUCCAGAGGAGACACCAGUGGAUCAGACUACAUGGACCCAUCUUCCUUUAUGCCCUCCUUUAAAUAACCUUUUAUUACUGCACAUACUUAGUAGCCACACACAGUAAAAUAAAAUCACAUAGCAAACAGUUCUUUUAAAAAGUCUAGCCUCUAAAAGCCCAGCCUCCAAUGUGCAUUUUACAGGUAAUAAAAUAAUCUGUGAGUUGAGGUAAUAGUCAGUAAUAAAAAUACUGGACCAUUAGCACACAUUUCUGACACAGAGAAAUGAGAAAAUGGAUCUUGUCUGUCAUGAAAAAUGCACUGUAAAACAAUUAUUCAGUUCUGCAAAUCUUCUGUUGGUUGAUGAAGCCUGAGGAAAUACCACAGAUUCAACAAAGAUGAAAAUUGUUAUGGGUAAGUCAGCAAACCAUAGCGAUCUGAGCAGUUCCUACAUUACAUAAAUCAUUGCACAACAACAUUCUUACCUACAAUGUGUUUUCUUCUGGUUGCAUUCUGACACUAGAUUGUCUUUAUCUUUUUUCUCAGUCCUUGAGAAAAAGGAGCUCUUGUGCAUGACAAAUCAUAUAUAAAAGGGAAUGUAUUCUAGAGAUUUCAGUAAAACAACAAAUUCUUCUAAAGAUAUUUUUGCUUUGUUUCAAUGUGACAGAAAACUGCAUCCCAUUCAUAUCCUAGUCCAGACAAACCAAAAUGAAGAAGAAAGCAGGAUAAUAUAUGAUGUUCCGCCUUACUGUAUAUAAUAUACAAUUUUACUUUAGUAUAAGCCCGUAUGUUUAACAAUCUAUUUUUAAAGGCUAUUUUUCUAUUACCAAAAAAAGAGCAAAAUAAAAUAUUUUUUAAUUUCCCAAUGCUAUUUAGCUACCUAGGAACUUUUAUCUUUCCUUCUGCUGAGGCAGUAACAAGUAAAGCUAUAAUUUAUAUACAAAGCAUAAAAUUAAACUUUAUACUAAUUAAGAAUAUGGAGACAUUUUUAAACUAUAUUUCUAAUAUAUUACAAAUUACUAUAUUACUAUUUGAAUUGUAAAUUAUUUGUUUCACAGGUUUUUUAUUACCUGUAAUUGUAUAAUUAAAAUUACCUGUAAUUAUAUAAUUAAAAUAGAAUUUAGGUUUCGAGAGCCGAGGUUCUUUCCCAUUGAAUUUGUACUCUGAUGCCAAUUGUAAAUGAAAUGGGGUUCUCUGUAUCCUUUUCUCUGAGCCUAGAAGAAAAGUUUGAAGUCAGAUUUUUCAUAAUGAAUUUAUGAACAUCAGUUUUGGAACCCAGCCUCCAAGGUCUGAUUCAGACCUUCACUGAAAAAGCAGUGGGAAUGAGGAGAUGAGUCCAUGUACUUGGGCUGAUCAUGUGUCCCCAGAACAGCAGUGGGAACAGCAAGGAUCCUUUAUAUCCCAUGUAAUUGAAGAUAGAAUCAAAAUGAUAGUGUAGUGGCUGCAAAGUUGCUGUGGUCCUUCUUCUUGAAACAAAAGUUUAAUUUACUCAAGGAAAGUAUGACUUGUGAUGACUGAUUAAAAGUGAGCCAAGUAUUUAGCCAGCCUCUGUAUCUUCAGGAGAGACUUAAUGUGAGGGAAUGAUCCUGAACCUAAGAAGGAGAGUGUAUUUGAUAGAUGGACUCUCUUUUGUUAGUCUCCUUCCUGAACAGCUUUACUUUUCUCUGUGUUCUUAUGAGCUGUCCUGUGGUAUCAGCCCUGAUGCAGAGCCAGACAAAAGAGAAUUUCAGAUUUUGAAGGUUCCGGAAGACCACAUCUGAUUUGGAGAAUCAGAUUCUCACCCAUACCUUCAAAGCCGUGGAACUGCUCAAGCACAGAUUAGUAGAACUGCCUAGCUUUUGCACAGGCAGGACAUUAGAACUUAAAUAAUUACCUGUGUGUCUAUUAACAUACGUGUUAGUGUAGACUGUAACAUUAGGGUAGCAUCAGAUUUAGAGCCUGUCCUCUAUACAGGCAACUGCCCUCUUUCAGGGGCUGAUCAGAGCAGUCUGGAUGCUCUGCUGAAGGCAUGAGAAGGUAUCCUAGAUUCCUAAUUCAACCAUUUAUCUAACACGUGAAGACAUGAAGGGACUACUACAGCGAUCAGCCAAACAUAAAACUCUAUUCAGUCAUAGUUAACAGGACAAUUUUACCAUAGAUACUCUGUUUGUAGUAUACCUUAUAAAUUUCUAGAGAUCCUAGAAGUACUGGAAAGAAGCUCUUGAGUUGUGAGGAAACCUGUGUGUGUGUAAAUGUGUAAGCUAAUAACACACUGUGUCUGACAGUGUUUUAUUUACCCUUCAGUUUUCUGACUGAAUCUGACAGAGCUAAUACCAUCAGACCAUUACUAUUUUUUUACACAGAUAGCUCUAUCUGUGCUGUUUCCUGCACCUAAUGAUGUGCAUAAAGUUAUGCUGGUACAGGCCUUCUGGGAUGUAUCUGUGAUACACAGAAGCUGUAGUAUCUCAUCAAGCCUAGAGCCUCAAGACAUUCCUUACAGAGUGGGUUUCUUAGAUUAGAGCACAGGUGCCUACCCAGAUUUAUGACAGCAACAGGCUGUUCCCUCUAUAUCUUUUUACCUGAAAUUACUUUUUGCCUGCAGCAAACAGACACAACAGUUAUCAGAUUUUUAGUGUAUGAUUCAUCCUGCCUAACUGUAGGCAUGUGUGCCUCCAAUAAUCGACACAGAGAGUCAAGGACUUUCUCUGCUUAGUCAUAAAUGAAUACUGAAACUGCAAAAUAGUUGUAGCCUAAAUUACUCUGUGUGGUGUUGAGCAUCUCCCACCUUUACUGAUGAAUGUCUCAAUAUGCCAAAUCAUCAUGGCUCUCUGUGAAUGUCACCCACAGUGGAAAAGGGGCAUUUACUUGCUGCUUUGAAGUUUUUGGGGAUUUUCUAGCUAAAUGUGAUUUGAAUGCAUUUUCAUAUGUAUUUAAUUCUUGAAGGUGAACAAAUGUGCAGAUAGAUUAAUUUUCCCUUGGAUUUGCUUAUAUUUUCCAAAACACCUUCUUGCUCCCAGUGGCAGAGCUUCUGAAAGUGACCUUAAACAUCUGAAAGCACAUUAAAAAAACACCUAGUGUUCUGUAAAAUGAAAAUAACCUUCAGCUAAGCAUUGGGUCCUUUGAAUGUUCAAAUACUUAUUUUUUCUGUUUGCAGCAAUAUUUUUGCCUCCAAUUCUUUAAGCUUUUCAUUAGGAAGUACAUGAGUUUUUGCAGCAGUUCUACAGAGUCAAUCGGUGUAAAAUUAUGACAUUCCAGUGGGGAAAAACAGGCUCUUGACACCUUCUUUGAUAUCCAGAGGGAUGAAAAGAAUUUAUCCUAGGAACAGGGAUCAGCCCUCUAACUCUUGCACUGUUAAUCAAAUUUCUCACUUGGAAUAAUUAUUUCAAGAAUGUGAAUGAUGUUUUCAAUGUCAAAAUUAUCCAUGUUUCAUUUAUAGUGUGAACUACUUUAUAAUAGCAUAAAAGCACUAAAAGCUAAGAUAAAGACUCUUCUACAUAAUUAGUUUUACAGAAUUCCUAAAAUUUAAUUUUAUUUAAUUACCUUUCCUUCUGACUCAGGCUAAUUUUGUUAACCUUUUUUCUUCAGUAUUGGCAAAUAUGAUUCAUUAUCAUAAAUUUUUUACUAAAUUUUUUUUUAGCACAGACAUGUUUGGUGUACAAUUUCAGUAUUUCUGUGUAAUAUUUCUUAGUAUCUUCUUAAGAAGAUAUACAAACCAAUGAAUUGGCACAUGCUAACAAAGCUCAGUAUGAUGAGGACUUUAAGUUUGGUCUUGAUGAUACCAUGUAACUACAAAGAUUAUUGAAUAAAAAUGCAGUGAAUUAACCUGAUAUAUAAGUAAGAGGAUAGAUGUAUUUAUGGAACAAACUUUAAAACAAAUAUGUAAUGAUGAUUUAUGUCAAAACAGUGAAUUCUGUAGCAUAUCUGUGCAUCUAUGUUUAAAUGGCUGAAAAAUAGACAGCUGCUUUAAAUGUCAUUCAAGUAUCCAAAGUGUAUUAGCAGCAGGUGUUCAAAAUGAAUAAGCAGAUUUUUUUUGUGCUCUCUGAAGCAUUGUCUAUGUGGGGUUUACAUCAUGAAGCCUGUGAGUGUAUUUUGUAAUUUCACGGUAGCUAUAAAGCAUCUGAAGGUGUGCAAGAAAACUGAAGGCAUGUAAGCCAAUGGAUAGACAUCAGACAUCUUCUACAAAGCCAUAAAGACAAAUGAAAAAAGUGUCAUGAGAUCAGGCAUCACAUUCUCAAAAAAUUGCUACCUCAGAUUUUUUUUUGCUCCCUUUGAAAGGCAAGUAGUAAAAAAGCAUUUUGCUUUGUGUGUAAAUUUAUGAAGUAUUCUAUGAAGAAUUUAAAAAUCUUAUUUGUAAAUUCAAAUUAUUUUUGUUAAAAAACAGCUUGCCAUGGAAUCACUUGUGUUGCAGUGGUAGUAUGAGGAUGGAAUAUUUGAGAUGUGUAGAAAAAUUAAAUGUUUUUAAUAUGGAUUUUAAAAAGCAAAAACUAAAGAAAAUAUCAUUUUGAAGGAAUAUCCUUGGUACCCAGAUUAGCAAACAUCAGCCCCAUUCCUGACCUGAAAAGUUUUUUGCCACUAUUUGUAUUCCCACACCACUAGGACUGAUGGAGCCAAUUUUCCAGAAGGACUCUAAUUCUGGAUCUCAGCUAUGGAACUGAAUUUAUCAAUACUUGCUACUUAUAAUGACCUGUUUUCAACUGAGUUCCUAGGAAGCAAAUCCUUCAAUUCUGUCUCUAAAUGAGUGAAAAUGGAAAGUCCUGCUCUCAACUAUCUCAAAACGUCACACUAAAAUCAGGGUCCAGGCUUCUGGUGGGCGUGGAAACAUGGGCUGAAUGAUAAUAAUUUGAAUAACCUUGUGACCCAGCUUUGAAAACCAAUUUGAAACAAGUCAGGGAUUUUCUUUGUUUUUCUGGUGUAAAGCAGAAAAAUAAAGAUAAAUGGAUGCCUAAAUACACAAUACAUGGGGAUAUAAAGAACUUAAGUAUCAUAGAAGCAUAGAUCAGUUUAGGUUGGAAAAGACCUGCAUGGUCAUAGAGCCCAAAUGUUAGCCCAGUCCUGUCAAGUCCACCAGUAAGUGACAGGAAAAGGGACAAGGUUGCUGCAUGUGACAGGAUGGAAAAGGAGUACAGUCACUAUGGGAUGGUACUUGGUAGAUGAUGAAGGAAAAAAUGCAUUUUGAUUACAGCUGAGAAGGUGGGGGGAAGAAGAGAAAACGGAAGGGAAAGAAUCAAAUGUGAGAAUAGACAGUAAAAAAUGAGCACUAGCAGAACUGAGAGGAGUAAUAAAUGAGCUAGUGAAGGGGAAAAAAGGAAGAGAAGAAAAUACUUUUAUAUCAAACGUGGGAAUGUGCAGUUACCUGAUAUAGUCCACAAAAGCAGUAAAGCCUUAUGAAAUGCUAAAGAGUUGGCAAAAUGCUGAACUCAGCUACUAUGGAUCAGCUGUCACAUACGAGCAGAAAAAGUCCUAUACAUGAGAAGUGGUCGUUCAUUUUCUACCACUUAUGGGAUUUUUCUUCCCCAUAUCUGACAUUGGUCCCAGGCAAAAACAAAACUUGAAGAGUCAGGCCCAGCAUCUGAUCUGACAUUGUAUUUCCUACAUUCCUAAGGGGAAAAAUCAAGAGAAAUAAAAUGCACCACACUGCUUUUUUAAACAACCUUCCAGUUUUCACGCAGACAUACAGGUGAGAUUUAUUUAUCCAUUUACAUUGUCCCACACAUAUGUCUACCAUUCUCAACGGUUGUUUUGUUUUUAUUUAGUAUAUAUAAUGCAAUGACCUAAAAGCUCCAAGAGAAAAAAAUACUUUGGGGAUAUUUCUAAGCAGUCUCUUGGUAUUUUUGGGCAUUGUUUCAGUUUGUACCUGUGACAAUGUAUCUGUUAAUACUUUCCUUAGUCGGAAAGUCUCUAUCUUGGUAAUAAAUUCUGAAGAUUACCAAGUUAGGUUUAAAAUACAUCUCUUCAAUAUUGCAUUUUUAAGAGGAACUAUUAUAUCUGUUGGAAGUAGUAAUAAAAAUGUAUUAGUUGUGUGGCCUCUUAGAGUGCUGAUAUGCUAAAAGCUGAUCUUAUACUCAAGAUGUUGGUGCAUAGAGCAGUUAGAUAUAAAAAAAUCUUUUUUUAUAUAUUCCUCUUUUUGGAAGGUUUAUUGUCCUUUUCUACUAAGUGAGGCUGCUUGUCUUGGAUCUUGGCAUUAUUUAACUAUUUUUUUAACAAUGCUGCUUUUGGAUCUAUUUUUGUGAGCUGCUGAGUACCUUCACCUCAUUUUGACAUCAAUAAACAUUGAAAGAUUUCAUUUCAGUUCCUGCUAUUGUUAGUUUUAGGGACUUGGAGCACUGACUAGAACUUUUAGAGGAUGCUGAAAAUCACUGUACAAGUCAGAAAAUAUCCCUUCAGUAGGCUGUAAACUAUAUAUGUCCAGAUAAAGGCAGAUUUUUCUACAGGCAGAACUAUAAUAUCAUAUUUUUUAAUAUUCAUAAUUCUGUAGACUACUCUUUAAUCUCAUCCCUUUGACUCUCGUUCCAAAAGGGAGAGGAAACUACUACUCAGCUGUACUUAGAAAGAACUCCUGGGCUGCUUUAGUGUUGUUUAUUUUUCAUUUUGGAAAGUAAUUUUUUUUUAUUCUGGCUACAAAAGUGGUUCGUCUGAUAUAAUACAACCAUCAGUUCUUACAUAUGUGUUAUAUUGCUCAGAGAUACUCAGCAUUAUCUUGGCUUCUGAAAUCUUUUUGUUGUGUUUUGUGUAUGUUUUAGUCAUUGUGUAAGAUACAGCAAUACUGUUUUCACUGUUGUGAAAAAGUAUGGCUCAGAAAAAACAUGUUAGCAGUCAUUAGCUAAUUUUAUUUGUUCAAAAUCUUGAUGUGCUGUUAAGUGAGUGUAAAAGUCUCUGGAAAUCCCUUGCCUUUAAUUGUGCCAGCAGUCUCUCAAUGGAACAAAAAUUGCACCUUCUGAAUAAUAACCAGAAUAAAAUGUAUAUUUUCAGCAGAGAAAGAGAUGGCCCAAUAUUUAGAGCAAACUUCCAUUCCAUUUCAUAAACCAUUUCAUUGGUAGCUUUGCAAUACAAGCUAGGCAUUUAUCUACUACAGUUUCAGAAUUUGUAUUCAAUGUGGAACAUGAGAGGUUAUUGCAGUGUCAUUACUGUAGCAACAGAAUGAUUUCAAGCACAAUUAUUUGGUGAACCAGAUCCAAUUUUUUUUUUGUAAAUUUCUAAAAUCCAAGAAAUUGUAAGAAUUAGAUUUCAUAUGUAGUAUGUACAUUGUUUGGAGAAUACUGGUAUAAAAGUAGUUGCUCAGGAAUUAUUCAUUGUUUCUAAGUGUAUCUGAAGGAAAAUGCUCUCAAAUACAUUUUUUAAGUUCUUGGUAUCGAAAAUGCUGGCUUUACUAAAAUCUGUUAGUGUUUUCACUUGUAAGAUCAAUAUUGUUAUGAAGUCUGUAGCUUUCUGAUGAAUUUUUUGAUCUUUUGUCAUUGUAAAAUCUCUUUGCAAUGGUGUUUGCAUUUCAGUUUAAUAAAAGUUCGUGA